CGUUUGUCGCUGCAGUGCUGCAGGAGGACCACAUUGCCAAAGGUGCACACGCGGAUAGAAUCAAAAGAAAACCGCGUUUAAAACGGGAUUUUCUCGACCUGCGGCUUGUCUAAACGAUGAGCAGCGGCACUGAGCAAAACGCAACGACUUCCGAGGCUGUGCCUACGCCCGAGAGCUGGGAGAAGGCCGAUUCCACAGGCGCUACGAUCGCCGCCACGACACAGCCCCUAGACGAACAAUCUAUCAGAUACAGUCUUAACGUGAAUGCGGCAGAAUUUGUUCCCUCCUGGAUGCCUUCCUCCGCUCCCGCAGAUACCUCCGCAGGCACCCCGGACAGCCCUGCGAAAACACCGAGUGACAAAAGCAGCCCUGACGGAGUCGCGCUCGCCCUAGGAAUGGAGGAGCCACCUGGAUCAGCAUCCCCUAAGAAACAACCCCCUGACGGUUCGUCCAAGGCUUCCACCCCCGAAGAAGGACAAUCCAUUACCGCGGCCAUGUCGGCUCUGCAGGUUAACGAGCCGGCCGCGGUAGACAGUUGGGAAGAAGCCGCCGAUGGAGACGAAUUGGCGGACGAGGACGUCGAGGAGGAGGAAGAGGAGCUUGUUGUCAAGCCCAAGAAGAGAGCGGCAAAGGCCGAGGAAACCAGAAGCAAAAAGGAGCACAUCAACGUCGUAUUUAUUGGCCACGUUGAUGCCGGCAAGAGCACGAUUGGUGGACAAAUCAUGUACCUGACUGGCAUGGUUGAAAAGAGGACUCUUGAGAAGUAUGAGAGGGAGGCCAAGGAAAAGAACAGAGAAACAUGGUACCUCUCGUGGGCGCUCGACACAAAUCUUGAAGAGCGCGAGAAAGGCAAGACCGUGGAAGUGGGACGCGCCUUCUUCGAAACUGAGGGCAAACAUUUCACCAUCCUCGAUGCACCUGGACACAAGAGUUUUGUUCCGAACAUGAUUGGUGGCGCUGCGCAAGCCGACCUUGCCGUCCUCGUAAUUUCCGCGAGAAAGGGAGAGUUCGAAACCGGAUUCGACCGAGGCGGACAAACAAGAGAGCACGCGAUGCUGGCCAAAACUGCAGGAGUGCGGCACCUGGUUGUCCUUAUCAAUAAAAUGGACGAUCCCACCGUGGAGUGGUCGGAAGAGAGAUAUAAUGAAUGUAGAGACAAGUUAAUGCCCUACCUUAAGAAACUUGGUUUUAACCCUCAGAAGGACCUCACAUUCAUGCCUUGCUCUGGACUCACUGGUCUGGGCCUUAAAGAGAAAAUAGAUGAAAAUCUGUGUCCGUGGUACAGAGGGGAAGCCUUCAUUCCAUACAUCGACCAGCUGCCGUCAUUAGGUCGAACUAACGAGGGGCCUUUUAUGAUGCCAGUAGUGGACAAAUACAAGGACAUGGGUACUGUAGUAAUGGGAAAGGUGGAGUCUGGAGAAGCCAGAAAAGGUCAAAGUCUUCUUCUAAUGCCUAAUAGGACGCCAGUGAUAGUGGACCAGUUGUGGUCUGAUGACGAAGAAGUUACUUCUGUGAGCUCAGGAGAGAACGUCAAGAUCAAACUGAAAGGAAUUGAAGAAGAGGAUGUGUCCCCAGGAUUUGUGCUCUGUGAUGCCAACAAUCCGACUAAAACUGGCCGCAUUUUUGAUGCUCAAGUAGUUAUUUUGGAGCACAAGAGCAUUAUUUGUGCAGGCUAUUCAGCAGUCAUGCACAUCCACUGUGUAGCCGAGGAGGUUACAGUCAAGGCUCUGAUUUGCUUGGUUGACAAGAAGACUGGUGACAAGUCCAAGACGCGGCCGCGCUUUGUCAAGCAGGAUCAAGUGGUGAUCAUGAGGCUUGAGUGUGCUGGCGUCAUUUGCCUGGAGCCCUUCAAACUCUUCCCGCAAAUGGGAAGAUUCACUCUCCGAGACGAAGGCAAAACCAUUGCAAUCGGCAAGGUGCUCAAGGUGAUAGAGUAAAUAAGUGUCAAUGAUUGCAGCAGCAGAGUGCCUCUCUUUCUGUCAUGCCCAAAGGACUCGUUUAAAAGAAUACUAAAAUGCAAAACAAGUGUGGUGGCGGCCAUGUAGCAAACCUGCUUUCUCAGUGAAUUCUCACAUUGGCUGGCCAAGCACCGUUGACAUGGCAAUUACAGUUGAUUUUGCAAAUGACAAAGGUGUCAAUAUUUUCAAUUGGUACAGACGUAGCUUCUCUUUCUGUUCAACCAUCCGUCGAGCAGUCAGUCUUUAGUUUCAAAUUAUUUUUAAGCCCAGAAUCAAAAGAAAGGGCUCCCAACUCCUGAGGCUGGCAAUGUAUCGCAGCUUCCGGGAAAUACUGUAAACAAGUGGACAAAUAAUCGGCGUGAGUGCUUUGCUUACAAGCUAAAGCACAGCUUCCUGGGACUGUUUUGUUUAUUAUUAACAGGCAGAUUGAUUUUCCAAAUAAAACCACCAAACGUUUCUUUCUGCCCAGCGCCCACGCAACUUUGAUUCUUUUUGCCUCGUCAUGUGCAAGAUUUGUCCUUGGAUCUGAACUUCUCAUUUGAAAAUCAACCAACGCCUUUUACACACGUUGCCCUACUUCUAACUUUGUUCCAAUUACCGAACUUUUAAGCUGCCCACUUAUCACUUUUUGAAUACUGCUAUCAGCAUCUUUGUAAUUAGUUUUCCUUUUUAUUCGGUCAUUGAAUUAUGAUUAUACAAAUGGAGAGGUAUUGUUAUUGAUAAUAAUAAAGCUAAACAGCAUAAACUUGAUGACAUCC